GGGAGCAGACGUUUCCAAAGAGACGGACGGUUCUUCCCGCAGCCUUCGCCGGCACGGGAGCCUUCGACAUUUUCCGGAUCGACCGCGCAUCGGCGACUCGAGCUGCCGAGAAGCCUCGAACCGCCGUACCUCGGCCCGGGCGAUGAACUGGACGGAGUCGGAGCAGAGCUGUCAAUUGCUGAAAUGCUCAUUAUUGAGGAGAUUUCCGUGGCGCCCAAAGAUCUCUUUGCAUAUGUGGGCGCAAGAUUGAAGCAAAUCCAAGGAACGAAUUCACCUUUUGGUGGAACGUCUGUUCUCGCUGUCGGAGAGGUCUAUCAGCUGGCGCCUGUGAGACGGCGCCAACCUUGGUGUGCGUACGACCCGACCCGACCCGACAACUUUGAAAUGAUCACAUGGACUGAAAUCACGAGGCAGAAAGAUGGCGUCCCUUUUGCUGAACUGCCGAACCGACUCCGCGUCAAAGGAACGUCCGAUGAGCUGCCAGAACGAGACGGAGCUCGGCUUGCCGCAGCUUUCGCCCUCCCGGGACCGUGCCCGAAGGACACGCCGCACAUCUAUGCCACAAAUAAACCAGCGGAUAGCCAUAACUCUGAAAUGUUGAACCUGCUUCACCAGGGCAUUGUGACAAUGAAAGAAAAAGAAAGCUUCCGUUUCCCAGGAUCCCCUGAACGCACCGCCGGGUGCUCUCAGGUGCUCGCGCUGCUUCGUCAGAGUGUCGCUUUCCUCCUCGAAGAGCACAAACCAUCGCCCAGGUGUGAGGCCCGGGGGCCAGAUCUGGCCUGCCACGUCACUUUCUGUCGGCCAUAAGAGCACUCGUAUCAUACCAGCCAUGCAGCGUGUUCAACCAGCUCACACUCCGGACUACAACAAAGUCGUCACGUUCUCACUUUUCAUUGUCAUGAUUAUUUAAGAAGACGACCUCUUGCUGACCCCUCAAUCCAACUCUUGUCGCUGCUCUAUCUUUUGUCUCUGCCUUCCUUCUAUCUUUCACCUCUCAAGAUGUAUAUAAAAAAAAAAAAAAAAAAAAAAAGGGGGGUGGGGGGGGGCAAGAGAUGUCAGGCUCGCAAAGUUGAACUGGGAGAAGCGUGCUCAAAACCACUCCCGGGCACCUGUUGCAUCCUCUGGUGAUUUCUAUGCCACUGCCGCGCACUUCGGUGCGCGCAAUUUGCCCGCCGCAGUUGCAAGCAACGAUUUCCGUGCCUUUGCGCCAUUUGAAAGCAAGGAUUUCCGUGGCGCGGCUGCCGCACGCCUCGAGAACUGCGCCAGUGUCGGGGUCCCGAUUUCCUCGCCCCGUCUUCGGAGAGCCGCACCUGUCGGAGACCCGAUGACUGACGAGCCUGUCGAGGGAAAAGCUCUGCUGCGACACGAUCGGGUGACGAAGUUGCAUCACUCGACCGGCGCUGAUCGAGAUCUCGUUCGUGUACUUUGGCUGUUUUGAAGGCCCGAGGACGAUGCACGGACAGUCGUUUGGCAACGGAUGAAAUUCCGGCGAUUGUUCGUGGUUUGGGAAAAAAAAAAAACCAGACGUGUAAAUAAACGUGUCAAUCGACGUA